AUGACCACCGCUGGCAUAGCCCCCGCUAACGUUGCCACCCCGGAGCCACGCGGCGGGGCGAAGCUCGGGCGGCCAGACCCGGCGAGCCGCGCCGCCAAAAAGGGGCCCCUGACGAGCCAGCGCCGCGACGCAAGGCAAUCCCAGAGGGCCCCCAACAAAAAGGAAGGCAACCUCUGCGUCGAAUCGAUUUCAAGUACAUCGAAGGGGAGUCGCCAAGGUGCCCUCAAGGCAAAAGUUCACUCCAGAGUGGACACUGGAAAUGCGGGCCAGUCGACCCGCAGCGGCACACGCAGGGAGAAAAACGCGUUUCACGAAACGGGGACACUGCUGAGGGGGAAGGUAACCAGCGAGGCGAAAGCUGCCCAGUCGGCGCCGCGCAGGAAGGUCAGCGGUGUGCGCAGCGUGAGUGACGCGCGCGAGCAGCGAGCAAUCAGCCAGAAGAUUCUAAACACGUCCAUCAACUUCGACGAGACGCAGAACCUGAGCGACGAGGACCAGCUCAUCUUCGACAGCUACCUGAACGAGGCCGGCGCCAAGCGGGAGGACAACUUGGAGGACAUCAUCCGCAACCAGGUGGCGCUCUUCGAGCGGGACUUCCUAUGA